AUGGGAACUUCCGAACAGGGUCCUUCCAAGUCUCCGCAUACAUCUCCGGCAGGCGCAAACCUUCGCGGGCUGAAUGAUGUCCAUGUCGAUGCCGAUGCCAAUGCCGCAGACUCGUCUCAAGAUGGCACGUAUGUCGACGAUGAUGCCCUAGCAUCAUCCCGUCCCCCCAGAAUUCAUCUGAGGGAGUGCGAUGACGAUGAUGAGCUACAAAGAGCUGCGCAAACUUUCAUAGGCGAUGAGCGCCACCCUCUUCCCGAGCCGAAGAGAGAGAAGCGCUGUGCUUCAGAGCCGAUACUCUGCCGUCGGGCGACAGAGACGAGCGAGGAUGAGUUGCAAGAAUCAAGCACAGCGGAUAAGCAGGUGCAGCUUACUGGAGCUGAAAGCAUGGAGAAGGAGAAGGCGGAGUGGACGUCGGAUGGUGAGAUCGGCGCCGAGACGUCUGCGGAUGGAGUCGUUGCGUAG